AUGCCUCGCAACAGAUCCGUCGGCCGCGCCCCCGCGCCUUCACGGGCACCCACCCGUCCCACGGUGCCUGCCUCCAACCCCAUGCCUCAGCAGCAGCGUCCUGCCACCACCAUGGCCGCUCCUCCCCAGCAUGCUCCCCAGCAAAUGGCUCCCGCGCCGGCCGCCUCACAAGGCCCCGGGCUGUUUGGCCAGAUGGCCAGCACCGCCGCUGGCGUCGCCAUCGGCUCAUCGGUCGGCCAUGCCAUCGGCGGCCUCUUCUCGGGCGGCUCGUCGGAGCCCGCGCCGCAGCCGGUGCAGGCCCAGGCCUCCCAGCAGCAGCAGCAAUGGGGCAACAACUGCCAGGCCGCUACGCAGCAGUUCACCAAGUGCAUGGACGACAAUGGCGGCAACAUGCAGAUUUGCAACUGGUACCUCGAGCAGCUGAAGGCUUGCCAGGCCGCUGCGAGCCAGUACUAG